GAAUGGGGAAUAUUUGAAUCAAUUGAUGAGUUAUUUCAAUGGUAAAAAACAUGAGUUCUUCAAUUUGGUACGGGAUUCUGUGAUGUCUCGUGAAGUUUUGUGAGUUAUAUUUUUCAUAUUUUCAGAGAAGAAGUUAUGGUGCUAUUUUCUUUUUGGAAAGGGCUAGGCAUUGCAAAAGUGGUAGAAAAGUAUCAUCUUUGGUGCAAAUGUCUCACCUUUCUUUUCUUUAGUUAUUUUAGUUGUAAAAUGCACGAGAAUUCUUGAGUCUUUACUUUUUGUGAUAUUUUAAUCCUUUUUGCCUUGUGUCAUUCAUGUUGCUUUGUUGUUGGCAUUUAUUGGAAUAUUUUUACACUGUUAGUUUUCUAUUCGUAAGUAUUUCCUUACUCUUUUUUUCAGUCUAUGUUGGAAUUUAAACACCUGGAUCUUUCAAGAUAUUACUAUCCAUUUUGUUAGUCCUAGCAUCUAUGAGCUAUAAUUUUUAAAAUCUCCUUCAUUAAACAAAGAUCAUCCUCUCAUCCAUGAAAACUUGAAUGAACAAUUAAAAGUGGCUAAUUUCUAAAUCGCUAGAUUUCCAAGCUCCUAGGUCUAUUGAACUUCUAGACAAGUUAUCAAACAAGUACUCUAAAACUUCAAAAUAUUACUAGUUCUAGGCUUCUAGCUUCUAAGGUUCUCUUCAAAAAAUAGCUCUUGCUUCUAGGAAAUGGAAUUUCUAGCUUUUAGGGAAUGCCUAACUUACAGUUACCAAUUGUGCCCUAAAAGAACUGAAAGUGUUAGGAUUGUGAGGAUUUGAUUGAAAUUAUGCUUGUUUGCAAGGAUUUCAACAAACAUGAAUGAACUGAAAAUGCAGUAUUGUGAGGAUUGAAGAACAUGAAAGAAUUGAAAAUGUUUGGGCUUUGGAUUAAAAUUUUUAUUGAAAUUUUAAAUGGAGUGAGAAUGUGGUAGAGAGCUAGAUAUUUUAUCUCCAAGGUAUUAGAAAAUGUUAAAAUAAGGUAUUAAAUUUUUUUAAAUUUUUUACAAAAUAUUUAUUGUGUGCGGAUCCCAAGCCGGUCAUGCCAGUCCCAAGCCCAAAGAAAGGAGGAAGGUUGUGUUAGGUUGGCAGUCAGAGUAAAACUUUUGCGACAUCGAUUUCAUGAAACCUGAACUAAUGUAGACUAACCAUGCUUUAUAGAACGGAAAGUUGGUUGAUCAAGAAACAAUAUAUCCAUACAGUGAGUGUAAGCUGAGAUGAGGAUGUUGAGAUGGAUGAGUGGCAAGACAAGAAAUGAUAGAGCUCAAAAUGAAUGCAUCCAAGGGACUUAGGGUGGCUCCAAUGACUGAUAAGAUAAGGGAAAGUAGGUGGUUUGGCCAGUGGAAGUCGACCUAGAACAACACCUGUUAGGAGAGGUGAUUUGGUUCAAGUGAAAGGCACUAAAGGGAAAGUAAAAGUUCCAAAAGGGUAUAGAUGGAAGUAGUGAGAAGAGUUAUGGUGAUUUAUGGUCUACAUGAGGGUAUGACCCUCGGUAGGGCAAGAUGGUAUAUCAAGAUUGUUUAGCUGAUUUGAAAUAGUUGGGAUAAGGUUUGGAUGAUAUGAUGAUGAUGAUGAUGGUUUUUGUUUUUUUUUAGGAGGGGGGGGGGUGUGUGUAAUUUGUCCAUUGUUCUUAAAAUGCAGCUACUCAUUUAGGAGACAACAAGAUAAAGUAGCAUGCAAGUACUCAAGAAGGUAUUACUGGCCAAUAUUUUUUGGCCCUGAAUGGGGAAAUUUCAAAAUUUCCAAGGGAAAAAAGUGAGUAAGGCAUCUUUGUGUACUAUUUUUUAUGGAAAAUGAGACCUUUGUGUGGUACCCCAAAUAAGCACAUAAUCUAUUCACAAGAAUUGCUAUUUUUAUAUGGCUGGUCUUCUCUGAGUUGACCCAAAAACAAGUAAUGGCUAGGAAUUAUGUGACAUUUGGUUCUCAACAUACCCCCACCUUUACCUUUCUUCCCUCUCUCUUUUCUUACUAUUGGAUUUUUACGUACGAGAAGCUUGAUUACUUUUGCUUGCUCUCCUUUUUUUUUUAAGAAGACUUAACUAUAUUAGUAUUAAUGGUAUAGAGCUUUACAGACAAGUGAGUCCUCCCCAGGGGGGAGCUCAAUACAACCCUGAAGGGUUCAAACAAGAAUAAAAGAUGGCAGAGGUUCCACCAAAAAUGACAAAAAGGCUAAGGCACUCCCAAGUUGUUAGAUUGGGCCCCCUCCUUGGCUAGAAAGUCUGCUUCUGAGUUGGCUUCUCGGAAUACAUGGUGCUAAAAGAUUGAAAUACCCUGCGACAGGUGUGAAAUCUCAUCAAAGACAUCAUCUAGACGCCAAGGGCAGGGAGAUAAGCCAGAAGCCCAUGAAAUAACAUUCUUAGAAUUUCCUUCGACCACCAAGCAGGAGCCCCAAGUGUCAUCAAAGCUUUGCAGUCCUUUCAGCAAGGUACGAGCUUCAGCCAUAGUAGAAUCAGCUAAUCCGAUGGGGCAGGAAAAGGCUAACAAGACAUUACCUGCAGUGGAUCGGAACAAAUCACCCACACCUGUUGGGUGAGGAUUACCAAGGGAAGAACCAUUGAAAUUUAGCUUGAUGGAACCUGGCUCUGGUGGUCUCCAUACAGCUGUUCGUGGGAUUUUGGGACAUACCACAUGAAGGAGGUUUGCCCAAUUUCUAUGAAAGUCAGUGGCAGAGAAGUUUUUGAACAGCUUAUGAUUGGAGGCCCAAAAGGCUACUAGAGUCGUUACUCUAUUAGCCAAAGCCGCGGUCGAAGCUCUUUCUCCUCUAAAAAUCCUUUGAAGUUCUUUUGCUCUCUUGGUGGAAUGAAGAGUGAAGCCACACUUUUUGUUGGGUUGGCUGGAGCUUUUAUCUACAAUAAAUGGGAAUUAAUGGACUUGUUUCAGAGAGAGAGAGAGAAAGGAGUUCUCAUGGCGUGUUUGUUACAUGGAAGAGGGUGCUGCCAAAGACCCCUCUUCCACAAAUCGUGGAAGCCGCUGUUUUCAUCAUUUAGCAUAGAAAUGAUGCUGUUUUCAAAGCAACACUCAAGGGUCCCCUUCCAAUGUUGUGGUUCCACUCCCGCAUAACAAAUGCGGGAAUGCACAGUUGGUGGAACUGGGGUUUUUCUCUACUCAAAAGUUCCACCAUUCAAACACGCCCUCAGAGCCUCCAAUUUAGGAUAAAAUAUAUAAUGACAGGGAUAGUGAACUUAAUACAGUCGGGCAUGCCCAGACUCCAUAGGCUUGGCUAAACUCUUUAUGUUCAGGUUUAUUCGUCUUCUUCAGCAUUUGUCUCUGCUUGCUUUUAAUUCAGGUUGUUAGGUAGCUUCUCAUCUUUGGUUAUGAGUGGGUUUAUGGCUUCUAGGCGUGGGUUUCUUUAAUGGGUUCAUGGUUUGUACUUUGUAUGUAUGUUUUUUCUGGGUUUUCAACAGGAUUUUUUAAAUGUAUGUCUUGGAGUUGGGUUUCUCUGUUUUAAUGCAUAAUUUUAUGGUUCCUAAAUAUGACUUGUACUUGGGUCUCUCGGUUUCAAUGUAUUGGAACAAUGGGUUUAUUGAUCAGACUCACUGUCACCCUAUAUGUCUUUUGAGUUUGGUUUUUCUGGUUUCAUAGGUUGGAACACUGGUUUUAAGUGGAUUCUUUCUAUAUGACUUGGAAUUGAGUUUUAAAGGCUUAAUUUAUUCCAACAUUUCGUGCCGGUGUGCAAGGAUUGAAGAACAUGAAAGAACUACUCUAAUUUUGCGUUCUUCAUGAAUAGUCAUGCAAUGUCUAUUCAAAUCCGGAAGGCUUAGAGUGGUAUAAUCUGCUGCGCAUUUAAACUUGUUAGCAAAUUACGUUUUGGGUUUUGCUGCCAUUGUAAGUUGUAAUGAAAAUGGUUGCCAUUGGUGGGUUGCAUACUCAUGCUGUCAAACUACUUGUGUGCAUGAGGCAUAUUGCUUUUGAUUGCGUGGUCUCUUUCUAAUAUCACAGUCUCAUAAUAUUACAUAGGGUCCUCAGGUUGAUGAGUUGGAAGUUCUAAAUUCUUUCUAUCAGUGUGGAUAGAGAAAUAUCUUUUGUUUUGGGGGUAAAUCAUAUCAUCUAAGCCUUAUCCCAACUAUUUGGAAUUGGCUACAUGAAUCUGGUUCUGCCAUUUUGUUCUAUCAAGGGCCAUACCUUCUGUCAGAUCACAAAUUUGACUAAGAGUAAGUAGGAUAGAGAAAUAUUGGAGAUUAUACUAUACGUAUUUGUCCUAUUUACCCUCAGUCCUAUUUACCCUCAGUCAGACUUUCCUUGGCACAAAGUUAGAGGACUCAUAUCAAAUGCGUAUAGUGAUGAUGAAAACUACGCAUUUGAUAUGAGUUUUCUUAACUCCCUGCCAAGGAAUAAAAAGGAGUCUAAUACUUCGACCUCCAAAAUAGGCAUUGUAAAUGUGCAUAAUAGAAGGUAUCUAAGCUUUGCAAUAUGGUAUUGCUCGCUGAAUGUUGAUAACAGAGAGUGCAUCAUAUGACUAGCACUAAUACCAUGACUCAAAAACAAGCAUAGGAUUGGCUUACCUAAGUAUAGAUCAUACCUACUAUGAGUGAUAAGGAUGUCAUAAUGACAAGCCUAUCCAUGCUUGGAUAUGGGCUUAGGGAUGCCUUUUUUACUCCCGAGGUUAGGUUUACAAUUCAAUUUGUUGUUAUUGCUGCUAUUGGUAGAGACUGUUUUCUUUACUCUUGGUCUCUAGGAAUAAACUGAUGUCAUAUCCACAUAUGAAGGCGACUCAAACUGCUGGUACACCCUCCAACUACAACAGGCUUAGCUACUUAGUGACGGUACCUUGCAUUGCGUUCCAAAGCUCGAAACUUAGCCAAGCUUCCUAUAACAGAAUGCCUCCUUGGUAGAAGAUAGUCGCCAGAAAGGAGGAAGCGAAGUGAGUAAUUAAAGCACUAAGCGAGCCAUGAGCUCAGCAUCGAAGCGAAGCCUUUUCUUUCAGUAUACUCACUUAACUCCCUCCUUUCACUUCUCAAACUGCUUUCACUCCCUUAACUUAACGUAGGAGGCGAAGCAGCAUGCUUGCCUUCCCUCCGUCUCUCCGCUUGGCUCGCAUGCUCAUCUUCGCUCCGUACGCUUUAAGCGAGGGAGGGAAAUUUCCUUGUGUGCUAAAGGUUAAGAGACAAUAAUGCAUGCUGCAGUUUUGAGUGCAGCUGCUGUUUCUAUUGGUAUGGGUGCUGCAGUUCAUCUUAGACCGAAGAACACCUUAAUCAAGAAGUUACAGUAGUGGGUACUAUGAAUCAUGAGUUGAUAAUCAAUUAUAAUGAUGCCGAAAUCAGAUCCGUACGGGUGAGGCAGCAUUUCUCCAUGCCCCCAUCCACUUCAUGAGAGAUGUUGCUGCCUUGAGUACAACCAUGUGUCACACUUCCUUUCUAUUGUCACCAAUCUACAGAAGACUCUGCCCAUAUGGAAUUGCUCUUAUGAGAAUUUGGGCACUUGGCUUAUUAAGAAAAUGCAACAAUGGGCUCUACAGUACUUGCUCCCUAAGCAAAGAGAGACUUUAGUUGCUUAGCAAAUGUUACAAAUUUUAGAAGUAUGUCAAGAUUGAAACUCUUCUUCCCGAAGAGGUAUGGUAUCGUCCUACUCACAUUCAUAUGUGCAAACAUAUGCUACAUUGAAAGGGUGGGCUUCUCAGUUGCUUACACCAAGGUCGCUGAUGCUGCUGGUGUGGACCAAUCAACCAAGGGCCUCAUUCUGUCCACCUUUUUUUAUGGUUAUGCCCUCUCUCAAGUUCCUGGAGGAUGGGUGGCCCAGCAACUAGGGGGUAGGCGGGUCCUCCUCCUCUCAUUUCUUAUGUGGACCCUCACAGCUGCUUUGGUCCCACUUGACCCUGAUAGCCCCAAAAUCCUAGUGGGGGCCCGCUUGCUUGUCGGGAUUGCCCAAGGCUUCAUCUUUCCCUCCAUCCAUACAGUUUUAGCCCAAUGGGUCCCACCCCACGAAAAGUCACGCUCGGUUUCACUUACUAUGUCAGGCAUGUACCUUGGGGCGGCAGCAGGCAUGUUGGUGGUCCCGACACUGGUGCAGCUUUGGGGCCCUCAGUCAGUUUUUCUGUCAGAGGCUGUGCUAGGGGCAAUUUGGUCAUUUCUUUGGUUCAAGUAUGCGAGCGAUCCACCUCGCUCCGACCACCAUCUGAAGGCUGGGCCAACAGACACUAUGUUGCCUGUAUCAUACAAAGAGGUCAAGGGCGGAGCCCACAGGCCCCUUGUCAGGAUCCCCUGGAAGAAGAUGGCCUUGAACCUUCCCCUGUGGGCCAUAAUAGUGAACAACUUCACAUUCCACUAUGCCCUCUAUGUGCUCAUGAAUUGGCUCCCAACCUAUUUCGAGCAAGGCCUUGGGCUGAGCCUUGUGGACAUGGGAUCCUCGAAAAUGUUUCCCUAUCUAAACAUGUUUGUUUUCUCUAACAUUGGUGGGGUGGUUGCUGACAAGCUCAUCACUGGGAGGAUCCUCUCAAUCACAAAGACAAGGAAAGUUUUGAAUACUGUGGGUUUCUUUAUCUCGGCAUUUACUUUGAUGCAUUUACCUAUGGUUCGGACGGCUGGGGGUGUUGUGGUUUGGUCCUCUCUAUCUUUAGGAUUUCUAGCUCUAGGGAGAGCCGGGUUUGCGGUAAACCAUUUGGACAUUGCCCCGAAGUAUGCGGGCAUUGUGAUGGGGGUUUCUAACACUGCAGGGACCCUUGCGGGGGUGGUGGGAGUGGGGCUCACAGGACGGAUCCUCGAGGAUGCAAAGUUGGGGUCUGGGGAACUCACAAGCCCAGAGAGCUGGAAGCCUGUGUUCUUUAUACCAGGCUACCUUUGUAUUAUGAGUGCGGUUGUGUUCAUGGUGUUCGCUACUGGGGAGAGGGUUUUUGAUUGAUGGGGAUUGUUUUGUUAGGUCUAAAUGUUUUGGGGCCUCUCCCCUCUGAAUCCAUUCAGAUGCCCAUUGUCUCAAUAUUUUUGCUUUUAUUGAAUCAUUGUUCAAGCACUGUGAUGCAUACUAAAGAUCACGAGAAUAUGAAAUUUUGUUGCGUUAAAGAAA